AUGACUGUCUCCGAAUCCAGACUAUGGCAGCCCCUGAAGGUCGGCAACUCGCUUCUCUCCCAGCGCAUUGCCAUGGCUCCUCUCACCCGUUACCGUAACGACGACAACCACGCUCCCCUUGACAUGAUGAUCAAGUACUACUCCGACCGUGCUUCAGCUCCCGGCACUCUCAUCAUCAGCGAGGCCACUGGUGUUUCUCAGGCCGCCGAGGCUGAUCCUAACCUGCCUGGUGUCUCCACCGAGGAGGAGAUCGCUGGCUGGAAGCGUGUCUACGAGGGCGUUCACGCCAAGGGCAGCUUCAUGUUCCAGCAGCUCUGGGAUCUCGGCCGUGCUGGCAACCCCCAGUACGUCCAGAGCCGUGGCUUCAAGUACGCCUCCAGCAGCGCCAAGCAGAUGGAGGGCCGCCCUGUCCCCCCCGAGGCUCUGACCGAGGAGGAGAUCUACCAGAAGAUUGCCGAUUUCCGAAACGCCGCCAAGAAUGUCGUUGCUGCCGGUGGUGACGGUGUUGAGAUUCACGGUGCUCACGGUUACCUCGUCGACCAGUUCACUCGCGAUAGUAUUAACAGCCGCACUGACAAGUGGGGUGGUUCCGUCGAGAACCGCGCUCGCUUCCUGCUCGAGAUUAUCAAGGCUGUUGUCGAGGAGAUUGGUGCCGAGCGCACUGCUCUGCGUCUCAGCCCCUUUGCCACUUUCCAGGGCUCCUUCUCCACCGACACCUGGGAGCAGACUGGUUAUAUUAUCCGUGAGCUGAAGAAGGCUGGAUACAACCUCGCCUACCUGUCCCUGGUUGAGCCCCGUGGCAACCCUGUCAACCUCGGCAUCGUUCCGGCCCAGCCUAUGGACGCCGUCAAGCCCUUCGGAGACAAGGCGCAGGAACUCGAGUUCAUCCUCGAGGAGUGGGACAACCAGUCUCCUGUGUUCGUUGCCGGUGCUUACAUGCCCGACACAGCAGCUGAGGCUCUCGAUGGACGCUACAAGAACUGGGAUGUCGCCAUUGCCUUUGGCCGAUACUUCAUCUCCAACCCCGAUCUGGUCUUCCGAGCCAAGAACGGCGUCCCCUUCACCCCCUAUGACCGCGAGACCUUCUACGUGAAGAAGAGCAGCGUCGGAUACAACGACUAUCCUUUCAGCGAGGAGUACCUUGCCGCUACUAGCGAGCCUACUGCUCGCAUUUAA